CGCGGUCGUGGAAUCCGCGUUCAACAGAUGCCGGGCAGCGCCCGCGAAAUCAGAAAAGUAAAAUACGUGCACGUCUUCUACUCUCUUCCUGCCUCCUACUUUGAUCUCUGCUUUAAAUUCUUCUCCGAUCUUGUUACCCAGUGAUUCCUUUUCCUUCAUUUUCUUCUCUCACUUCAUAGUCUCUCUCGCUUCGAACCAGAUUUCAAGAUCUUUCUUUAAUUUCAUGGCUUCGAUUAAUUCCAUCACCACAUUUCCUCUUUCCCGCUUUUCUGCCUCUUCCCCCCUUUUCAUUCACCACCUCCAUCAAUGCUAUUCUGGGCAUUCCCUUCUCGCUUCGUCCGUCCUUAAACGACGACGUUUCCCCGUGGCCCUUGGGUCAUCUGGCCCCCGCAUCAACUCUGUUCCACGUAGGAACGGAAUAUAUAGAGUUGCUGAUUUCAUGACGAAGAAGGAAAACUUGCACGUUGUGAAAAUCACCACUACUGUUGAGGAAGCGUUGGAGGCUCUCGUUAACAACAGAAUCAGCGGCCUUCCCGUAAUCGAUGAUGAUUGGAAUUUGGUUGGUGUUGUCUCAGACUAUGACUUGUUAGCAAUUGAUUCAAUAUCAGGUGGCAGUCAAUGCGAAACAAGCAUGUUUCCUGAUGUGGACAGUUGUUGGAAAACAUUCAAUGAGAUACAAAAGCUUCUUAGUAAGACUAAUGGCAAAGUUGUGGGUGACUUGAUGACGCCAACUCCACUUGUUGUUCAUGAAUCGACUAACCUAGAAGAUGCUGCCAGGUUGUUGCUUGAAACAAAAUACCGCCGAUUACCUGUAGUAGGUGAAAAUGGAAAGCUGGUUGGACUCAUUACGAGGGGAAACAUUGUAAGAGCAGCUUUACAUUCAAAACGUGGCUGUGAGUAAUGAGAAGCCCAUGGUGUGGUUUCAGGAAUGUCGUUUUAGCAAAUCUGUGGAUAAGUCUGAGUCCGUUGGUAGAGCGGAACCGAAGGCAACUUUGGAUAUUCUUCCUUGAGAUGCUUUGACAUGAGAUCUUAGAUACACAAUAUUGAUAAGUUACAUGGGCUUAUUACGAAAUUUUGAGUAGGAAUAUUACUUCAUAUUGAACAGUUUACUGUGAACUUUCACAUUGUAAACUGCUUUGCGUUUGUAGUUAUCUGUCCAGUUCCUGUUUUCAUUGCGAAAGCCUUGUAUGCCAGUCUGUAAUAGAUAUCAAUGUUUAUUUGAGAGAAUUACAUUGAAAUCCCACACAACAAAAUUAAUUAUUACAA